UUGUCCUCCUGCUUUUCCUCCUUAGGUUAUCAUCAGGUGUGUAUGCCCUGAGAUCUGAAGAGAAAUUUGUCAAGGCAGGAGACAUGGUGGUGCUGCAGUGCCCUUACCCCAGCCAGGAGAUAGCUCUGACCAACAACAUGUCAUCAGCUGAUCAGAGGCAGAUGGGUGUGCUGGUUCAUGAGAGGAGCCUGGUGAUUCUCAGUGCAACUGUAAACCAUCAGGGGAAUUACUUAUGUUCUCUGAGGAAUGCUAGCAGCCAGUUCUGGUUCAGGCUGACAGUCUACACAGCGCAGUCCAGAGAGUAUGACAAGAGGACCAAGCAUCCUGUGACAUGUUACACAAAUGAGUCCUGCAAAAUGCAUUGCCCUGAUGAGGGUGAAUCACUGCCAAAAUCCAGUUACUUCUCAAGUGUGGAAAUGACGGACCAUGGUGUCUACACCUGCACCAGAUCUUACCUGUAUCGCGGUCAAAUGUAUAACAUGACCUUUACAGUGGAACUUGAUGUCAAGCAAAAGGAACCUGAAAGAACCGCAGUAAUCACUUCACCACAUGACAGUGAUGUAUUUGAUGUAGAUUUGGGUUCAACAGUGGUGAUAGAUUGUAAGGCUGUUUUAUAUUCGGACUUUGAUGAGAUUUUCUGGCUAAGUGAGGGAUCAUUUGUUGAAAAUAACAGCAGCUUUCUAUUUUUCUACAAUUUCACGCGGAACAAACAUACUGAGGAAACAAAGAUGACAGCAUCUCUGGUUUUCAAAAUAGUGUUAGAAGAGGAUCUAUUAAAAAAUUACACCUGCAAACUGGAAUCUAUUUCACAAGGCCCAAGCUUUGUUACCAUCACUCUGGCUCAGAGAGCUCGCCCUUCUUACAUGUCACUGGCUGUUGGCAUCAUCAGCAUCGUGGUGGUCAUGACUGUGACACUAGUUUUCUAUGUGAAGUUUAAAAUUGAGAUCACUCUGUUCCUGAGAGACACUCUUGGCUGCCAGAGAAGCUCCGCAGAUGGAAAACGCUACGAUGCCUUUUUGCUGUAUUAUAAGAGCGAUACAGAUGCGGGACUAAAUGACUGUGACAGAAAACACCUGGAGAGUGUUUUGGAAGAGUUGUACGGUUACAGUCUUUGUCUUUAUGAUCGUGACGUCUUACCAGGGAAAGCUGAAGCAGAAGCAGUGUUAGACUGCAUAGAGCAGAGCCGGACGGUGCUUGUGGUUCCCAGCUCUCCAGAUUCCGGUCCGGGGUCUGGUCUUCUGACUGCCAUCCAUGCAGCCCUCGUAGAGCGACAGACUCGCUUGAUUUUCAUCAGAACUGAAAGAAUGAAAGUGUCAACAUCAGGGUCAUUACCAGAGGCCCUACAACUCCUGAGCAAGGCUGGAGAUUGUGUCACCUGGAAGGGCCUCAGCUCCACGCAGCCCUCCUCCUCCUUCUUCAAGAAGCUAUGCUAUUACCUACCUGCUCCACAGUGUGAAGAAAAAUUGAGGCUUUUACCUCAGAAAAUCCAGGACGUUACCUCCUGAUAAAAUAUUUAUCCAAGUCAGAAUUAACAGUCAGUAGAUUUAUUUUAUGUAUUCUACAUACAUCAUAUAUAAAAAGUACAUUUUAGACAAAGAAUUUUACUGGUACACUGAAAAUGAUGAUCAGCAGAAUAUAUUCUGUAUUAAUGAAGAAUUCAUACUGAGCUUAACUGAUUGUUAAAUAUUUAACUGGUGUUUUAAUUUUUCUACUUAACAGCUUAUAUUCUUGUCUUACCCAAUAUGCUUCUUUUUUCAAGUAUGACAGCUGGCACGAGCAACUUUUCCUGUCAGUGGGAAAGACCAGUAAUGGUUUAUAAAAGUAAUGUAAAAUAGCUAUUUGUUAUUAAAUUAGCCCUUUCAUUAUCCCUUCUGCCUGUACACUGUUAAUACAAACACAAUCAGAAUGGUCCACGUAGUGCAUUCUCAUUAUAAUUGCAUUUCUUAAUGGGUCAUGAAUUAAAAAUUAUAUAUUUCAGUGGUAUGACUGGAUCUUCCUAAUUCAUUAUGUAUUAUAU